UGAGAAGAAGUCAAAAGUUUCUGAAAAUAUGGCCCAAACCAUAUUUGAUGCACUAGCAGGGGGAGUGUCAGUGGAUAACCAGGCAGCUCUUGUGGUUCAGUCCCUUCUUGACUCACAAAAUGUGGCCGAGGCGACCCAACAAGCAGAAGAAGAAGACCUGUUCCAGUGUGGGAAGUGCAAGAAGCAGUUUACCUCUCUGCCGUCCUUCAUUUCUCACAAACAAGGGCGCUGUACUCCACCAGCCACCCUGAGACCUGUGCCUCAGCAGACUGUUGUCAGUACCAACCCCACAGCCUUUACCACCACCAUACAACAACAAAGACAGACUGUUCAGACACUGAAUGCUGUUGCCCCGUCCACCCUCACUCAACUCACCCCAGGGAUGGUGCUUAGUGAAGACAUCAUGGCUUUUACAAGCAUUGACCCUAACCUUCAAACCCAGACUAUACAAAUGACUUUCCCGACAGCGCAGCAGGCUACAACUGUACAGGGCAACCCCUUCCUGUCUCAAGUGGGUGCCCUCACCCCAAGGGGUUCAUCUGCCAACAGCGUCACCAUUUACAGCCCAGUUACCUCGACAACCUUCUCCUCAAAUGGCUCGGCUUUUACAAGUGCUGUGCCAGCCAAUCAGAUUCAAGUCCAGGCCCAUCACCAGCAAGUUACUUUAUCCCCACUGGACAAGUCACCACAGCCUAAAACUAGCCCAACUAAAGCAGGGAGGAAGACAGCCCAGUCUCUGAAUCAGCAGAUUCUCAGUGGCACAGAUAUGGAGGUGAGCCCUCAGCAGAAAUCUAAGAAGGGGAAGUCUGCAACGGGGCAGGAAAAUAAUGAGGAGAUAAGGAAGAAAUUACGCUGUCAAUACUGUAAUAAGCUGUUCAACAAAAACUUUGAUCUGCAACAGCAUGUGCGCUGCCACACAGGAGAGAAGCCCUUUCAGUGCAUUGUCUGUGGUCGAGCCUUUGCCCAAAAGUCCAAUGUCAAGAAGCACAUGACCACGCAUAAGGUGUGGCCAGCAGGAACCGCCUCUACCCUACCUAAACCUACAAAGCUGGUAGAGUUAGUGGAGGACAUAGAGUCAGGGAUUACACAGUGUAACAGCACUAUGGCAGGUGAUGGACAGGAGCCUGACCAUAGCCUUCAGCCAGUCAGAGAAUUGAAUAUUGGGUCAACAACAGAUGCUAACGGUCAGAUGAACGUCAGUGUGGAUAACUCUUACCUGUGUCAGUACUGCCCGGAGAAGUUCAAAACCUACUUUCAGCUCAAGUCACAUAUGGUCUUACACAAAGAUGAACAGGUGUACAAAUGUGUGCUGAAGACAUGUGGUUCCAUGUUCAAAAGUCUGGACAUGUUCUUAGAGCACAUCAAGACCCACGAGGAUGGCAUGUCUUACAGAUGUCACCUGUGUAAUAAAACCUUCCCGUCCCUAUAUGAGCUAGGGGUCCACCAGUACUCCCACAGUCUCUACCCCAGCCAAACCAGGCUCUCUGCACCAAGAUAUUACCAGUGUACGAAAUGUCUGAACAAGUAUUCCAGUCCUGAAGCUUUGGACCAUCACCUGUCCACAGCCUCUCAUCACUACCCGUGCCCCACCUGUAUGAAAGUGUUUACCUGUGAACGAUACCUCAGGAGACACCUGUCCACUCAUGGCACUGUCGGUCAGUUUGAGUGUCAGGUGUGCUUCAAGCGAUUUAAGGCUGAAAAUUAUCUCAAGAUGCAUUCCCUGAUCCACUCUGGUGCGAAACCCUUCCAGUGUGAACAGUGCAACGCUGCCUUCAACAGGAAAGACAAACUUAAGCGGCACAUGCUGAUCCAUGUCACCGUCAAGAAGUACAAAUGUCCAUUCAAAAGCCUUACAGGUUGUGAGAUGGAGUUCAAUCGUCCCGACAAGUUGAAGGCUCACAUUAUCUCCCACAGUGGUAUAAAACCUUUCAAGUGUCGCGAGUGUGGCAAAUCUUUCUGUCGCAAACCCUCCCUGCUGGAACAUGAGAGAAGUCAUCGGUCAGACUUCAGGUUCCGCUGUGAGAAAUGUGGCAAAGGCUUUUUCAGGCCUAAGCUGUUCCAUGGACAUAAAUGUAACCCUAUAACAGACAAAGACGGAACGCUUAUUGUCCCCACACCCCGAGCGCGGAGUCGCCGGAAAAUUGGGAGGCCACGGAAAAGAAUGAUCACUGUGACGGCUGAUAGUCAAAAGUCAACAAGCACGAUGAUAACUCGUCGACGUGGCCGACCCACACGGCGAGAAGGCGGGGAGAGGCUGGGCAUGGAGACAGAGGCGACGCCAGCAGAGCAGCCACCUGUGGCUUCCUCAUCUAGAGAUUCAGCUCCUCUAGCCACAUUGAGUUCUGGCCCAUCUUCAGGGUUACCUGUGGCUCCUCCCAACAAUACAGCCUCUCCCACUGACACGAUAAAGCUACAACCUGUGUUUCCCCAGCCUCAGAGAGUUGUCACGGUGACAAGCAGUGACCAGUCAACAGACACUACACAUACACAUGUUACGUCACAGUCACAAGACACAGCAGCGGUGCAUGAAGGUCAGGUCAAGGACACAACUGUGGAGGUGUCCUUUGCUGGGAUGGAGUUCACUCGCACUGCUGCAGCUCCUCAUUUGACUACCUCAGCGGGUUAUGUGGUGCAGCUGCAGUCGUGUGACAUCACAGGAGGCAGCUCUGUGGAUGAAGCUAAUCAGUCAGAGUCCACCAUCGUCACCAUGUCAGCCCCCUCAGUUAUCUCCCCUAAUAUGUCCCACCAGUCCAUCAUUUCCCCUGCAACUCAGCAGUUGCUGCAGCCUGCUGUGAUUGGUCAAGUGGAGCUGGUGGAUUUGUCAAAUGCACAAGUUGUUUCCACCUCAGAGGGGCAGGGGGUGGAAAUAGAGAUCACUAAUUCGUCAAAUACGUCUGGGGUAGACUUGGUUGCAGAGGAGCAGCACAUCACAGUAGAGGAGCACAUGCCUGCAGGCGUCAACUCUCAGGGCAUGCACACCUUCAUCGUAGAGGACCCCACACCUGGGGUAGACGGGGUACAGGUGAGGCGUCAGGUGGUGUUUGCUACCCCGGGGUCUGCGGCCGGGGAAAUGGUUACCUGUGUGGCUGAGAUCACAGAGGAUGGGGACCUGGAGACUCAUCAGGGCAGACAAAUCCAGCACUACGUCUCUGAGACUGACCCUGUGCUGCAGGGCACAGAAAGUCUGCUGAAAGCCUCAGAGGACAUCCUGCGAUCUAUGGAGGAACAGUGAAGAUUUUGAAGCUGACGUGUCUUUUUGAAGUUAACAUCCCUCAAAUCCUUAAAGGAGCAAGUUUCAACUUGUCAUGUUGGAAUGUAGUCUUGUGUUAUACUAUUGUACAUGUAUUGGAUCUCUUCCUCUCCAGCUGUAAGUGGGAAGGUCUGUCAACAACCUGCGGAUGGUCGUGGGUUUCCCCCAGGCUGUGCCCAGUUUCCACCCACGAUAAUGCUGGCUGCCAUCGUAUAAGUGAAAUAUUCUUGAGUACGGCGUAAAACACCAAUCAAAUAAAUAAAUAAAUAAAUGUAUCGGAUCUGGGAGCUCAAGUCCAACUCAUGCUGUCUCCCUCUCCAGCAGUACAUGGGAAGGUCUGCCAGCUGCCUACGAAUGGUCGUGGCUUUUCCCCGGGUUCUGUCUGGUUUCCUCCCACCAAUAUGCUGGCCACUGUUGUAUAAUUGAAAUAUUCUUGAGUACGGUGUAAAACACCAAUCAAAUAAAUACAUAAAUGCAUCUGAUCUCUUUGAACCUCAAUCUGUCUGUCAGAUGACGAGACAUGUACAAUGGCUUAUUAAAUUUUACACAAAAUAACACUUUUACAUUAAAUUUUUGUGAUUGAAAUUCUUGUGCAUUUACAGCAAUACAUGUAGUUCCAUAAAAACAUGAAACAUUUUGACAAACCUUUCCCUCUGAGCAAGAUGUGACAUUCUCCUUUACUGUAUGUUGCAUAAGCUGUGAAUAGCGUCUCUAGGGUGAUCACGUUAUCACCUGUAAAUGCAUGUUGCAGUCACAUGUAUCUUUUCAAAGACUGACUUAUGUCUUAAGUGAUGUUUUUGUGGGCUAUGUUAACCUCUCCACAUACUCCAUACAAGUGCCAAUAGUGUUCGUGUUUUCCUGUGUGGAUCCGAUAAUAAACAUGUGACCUGUAUGCGUCAAUUUGACAGCAAUAAUGGAUUGUAGAUCUGUGGAAUGAUUCAGUCUUUGAUUUACAGUACUGAAGACUUUGACAAAGUAAUGACUUGAUACUGAUUUUUCUAAAGUUGGAAGGUAGGAAUAAUUUGACGAAUAAAUUAUUUUUCUUGAAAUUGGAAUGUUUUUUCUUAAUGUAUACUUUUCAUUAUUUCUAUCAAAGGAAGUUAUGUUCUUGUUGGUUUUCAUUUUAUCAGAAAAAGUUCUGGAUGGAUUUGGGGGACAUUUGGUGCCAUUCCAUUUUUUUGGUUGAUCUGAAACCAGGAUAUCUGUAAGGCAUUUCCACUGUAGUCAAAUGUCUAGGUUGUCAUCAACUUUACAAAAUUAACUUAAGCGCAUGGUUUGAUGAAACUUACCCACUGAUGAAAGUGUGCAGACCCACUAUACAUUUUGGUUGUCAGCCAGGAUUUUUUGUAGCAAUUUUGCACCAUUUCAAGGCAUGAUACAGAUGCAGUUGCAGGGAUGCAAAUGCAUGGAUUUGAACAACUAGGUGUGGCUGAGGUUCUUGUGGUUUGUUGAGCGGGUGGGUUAUAUGUAUUGUAAGGUAUUCAGUAAGAAUUAGAAUAACUUUAAACGAUGGAUGGGGAAUUCACACAUAACUGAGUACGUUUAUUACAUACAAAAUAAAUGUAAUAAAUGUUAGAACAGAGAGAGAUCCCUUUGCGACACUAUAUCAUCGCUUUAUGGAAAGGUGUGCUCAGUCCCAAUCUUAACAUUGGGUCAUACAUACAACAUGGGAAAACAAAUUACACAGGAUUAUCGAUCUUCUGAAUUAUGUUUUGAGGUGGGUGUGCGUGUAAAAAUUGCAAAAAUAAAGACACAGUUGUUUUAUUUAAACAAAAACGCUUCCAUGUUACACACUUGUGUAUCUGGCCAUGAAACACCAGCCACAACCUUACCUGUGUCUACCACUUGCAUGUGUGACCAUGAAACACCAGCUACAACCUUAAAUGUGUUUACGACUUGUGUGUCUGGCCAUGAAACACCAGCUACAACCUUAACUGUGUCUACCACUUCUGUGUCUGGCCAUGA